GCUUUCACACAAUUUUACUAAUAUAACUGACUUUUAAUACAAAAAUGGUUUAGGUAUUUAAAACAAAUUUCAGUAAUAGUCUAGUGAAAGAACUAAACCGUAAGCUUAAAUUAACCAUUCAUUUUGUGAAACUGUUGAAAAUUGAAAUCCUAAAAUUGUCUGGGAGAACAUAUCGACUCUUUUUGACAACUAAACUAUAAAUAUCAUCAAUCUAGUAGAGGUAAGUUUACCAGUCUUCUCCAAAACAAUUUGUAAAAAUAGAGUAACUAAAACGAUGGAGACUCAUAGAAAGAACUCGGUCGUCGGCAACAUCCUCCACACGUGUCAUCCUUGCCGGCGCACCAUUCCAUAUAGAAUCUACGCCAUAUUUCACACGUGUGGCAUCAUAGCUCUCAUGUAUCACCAUGUACACUCACUUGUCACAGCAAACAACACUCUUAUAACAUGUCUUCUUCUCCUCUCCGAUAUUGUUCUCGCCUUCAUGUGGGCAACCACAACUUCCCUCCGCUUAAACCCGGUUCAUCGGACCGAGUGCCCGGAGAAAUAUGCAGCUAAACCGGAGGACUUUCCAAAGCUGGACGUGUUUAUAUGCACGGCUGAUCCGUACAAGGAGCCUCCAAUGAUGGUUGUUAACACCGCUUUAUCGGUGAUGGCUUACGAGUAUCCGUCAGAUAAGAUCUCGGUGUAUGUAUCGGACGAUGGAGGAUCGUCGUUGACUUUCUUUGCUCUUAUUGAAGCUGCUAAGUUCUCUAAGCAGUGGUUGCCCUUUUGCAAGAAGAAUAAUGUUCAAGAUCGGUCUCCUGAAGUUUAUUUCUCUUCAGAGUCACAUUCUCGAAGUGAUGAAGCUGAAAACCUUAAGAUGAUGUACGAAGACAUGAAGAGUAGAGUAGAACAUGUGGUGGAGAGUGGAAAAGUUGAAACUGCGUUUAUCACAUGCGACCAAUUUCGUGGGGUAUUCGAUUUGUGGACCGACAAAUUCAGUCGUCAUGACCAUCCCACAAUUAUUCAGGUGUUGCAAAAUAGCGAGACAGAUAUGGACAAUACCAGAAAAUAUAUAAUGCCAAACCUAAUCUAUGUUUCAAGAGAGAAGAGUAAAGUUUCACCACAUCAUUUCAAAGCUGGUGCUCUUAAUACUUUGCUACGAGUAUCAGGGGUGAUGACAAAUUCACCGAUCAUUCUAACACUAGACUGUGAUAUGUAUUCGAACGACCCGGCAACACUGGUUCGUGCUUUGUGCUAUUUAACAGAUCCUGAAAUCAAAUCCGGUUUAGGAUAUGUGCAGUUUCCUCAGAAAUUUCUAGGAAUAAGCAAAAAUGAUAUAUAUGCUUGUGAAAACAAACGCCUCUUCAUUAUUAAUAUGGUUGGGUUUGAUGGUCUAAUGGGUCCAACUCAUGUGGGAACUGGUUGUUUCUUUAAUCGACGAGCUUUCUAUGGACCUCCAUAUAUGUUGAUUUUACCGGAGAUAAAUGAACUAAAGCCUUAUCGGAUUGCGGAUAAGUCUAUCAAAGCCCAAGAUGUUUUGUCAUUAGCACACAAUGUAGCAGGAUGUAUCUAUGAGUACAAUACCAAUUGGGGAUCCAAGAUUGGAUUCAGAUAUGGGUCAUUAGUAGAAGACUACUACACAGGGUUUAUGCUCCAUUGUGAAGGAUGGAGAUCAGUAUUUUGCAACCCAAAAAAAGCUGCAUUUUAUGGAGAUUCCCCAAAGUGCCUAGUUGAUCUUGUGGGUCAACAAAUCCGUUGGGCAGUUGGGCUUUUCGAAAUGUCCUUUUCAAAGUAUAGCCCAAUUACCUAUGGAAUCAAGUCACUGGACCUUUUAAUGGGUUUAGGUUAUUGCAACUCUCCGUUUAAGCCAUUUUGGUCAAUUCCUCUGACCGUCUAUGGACUUUUACCACAGCUUGCACUCAUUUCUGGAGUUAGUGUCUUCCCCAAGGCAUCUGAUCCGUGGUUUUGGCUUUACAUCAUUUUAUUCUUUGGGGCUUAUGCCCAAGAUCUAUCAGACUUUUUAUUGGAAGGAGGAACUUAUCGGAAAUGGUGGAACGAUCAAAGAAUGUUGAUGAUAAAAGGACUCUCUUCAUUCUUCUUUGGUUUUAUAGAGUUCAUUCUCAAAACCCUAAACCUCUCCACACCUAAGUUCAACGUCACCAGUAAAGCCAAUGAUGAUGACGAACAGAGGAAGCGGUACGAGCAAGAAAUCUUUGAUUUCGGAACCUCUUCGUCCAUGUUCUUGCCCUUGACCACGGUUGCCAUAGUGAAUCUGCUUGCUUUUGUCUGGGGGCUUUAUGGUAUUCUCUUCUGCGGAGGAGAACUCUACCUUGAGCUGAUGCUGGUGAGCUUCGCGGUGGUGAAUUGCUUACCGAUCUACGGGGCUAUGGUGUUGAGGAAAGAUGAUGGAAAAUUAUCAAAAAGAACUUGUUUCUUAGCUGGGAACCUCCACGUUGGUUCUUAUUGUGUCAAGUUACUUCGUCCUCAAGUAACUUCACCCCUUAGGUUAAUUCACAACAAUAAUACGUCUGGCUGGUUCAAGCGGAAGAAACACAAUAUGAAUGAAUCUGUGUAACCAAUAUAUAUAAUGUGAUGGAUUACAUUUUGAUAUCUUGUAUCAGCAAAAUUAAGAUUUACAUCUUGUAUCGAUCUAUUCACU